UCGAGUCGGUGUCUACAUGCGGUGCGGUAAUACAGACAAAACUAGUAAUAAAUUUGAUGUAUUAAAAUUAUUUAACUGUAAAAUGUAUCUCGUAUCCGCUUAAUCUAAUCUACGCGGCGCUAAUUUCGGUGGUCACUAUUUUGUUUGUCACUUAGUGCAGCAUUCGCGCCGACAACAGCGAGCUAAGCUGAACGUGAAGGAGUUGUGCGCACGAAACGAAAAAAAAAACGCAAACGAAAAUAAAUAAAAAUUGUGAAGAAGUGUAGAGUUUGAAGGUGGAUUGCCUUCUUGGUGUUGAACAAGAAGAAGAAGAAAAAACGAGUUCUUUGUGUUGCAACAGCGACAGGAGAGCAUACAACGCGCAGAAUGGAGAAACGUGAUGACAAGCCCACGCGACCUGACCCAAUCAUCUCGAUUUUGGGCAGUGAUUUGGGCCCUUGGCAGCUCAUAGUCUGUUUAUGGAUUUUUCUUGCGAAAUUUCCCACCGGCUGGGUGCAGGUUUCUAUGGUAUUCCUGCAGUCUCCUCUAGAGAGCACUUGCGCUGUGCCCGAUAACAAUACCGAUGUCUGCUCUGCUGCGUGUAAAGAAGUCACCUACGACCGCAGUGUUUUCCAGGAGAAUAUCAUCAGUGAAUGGAAUUUAAUCUGUGGCCGUUCUUGGCUAUCCAGUUUGGCACAAAGCUUUGUGAUGAUUGGCAUUAUGCUGGGCAGCAUAGUUUUUGGACUAUUUUCCGAUAAAUGGGGUCGCCGUCCCAUGUUCGUGAGUGCCUGUGUUAUGCAAUUAAUUUUUGGUUGCCUUGUUUCCGCUUCUCCAUGGUUUUGGCUUUUUGCAGUUUUUCGUUUUCUGGAUGGUUUUGCCACAGGCGCCACCAUGUCCACAGGUUUCACUAUUAUCAUGGAAGUUGUGGGCCAAAGCAAACGUGAAAUUAUGGCUAUACUCUAUCAGAUUCCAUUCAAUUUGGGUCAUGCCACAUUGCCGCUCUUCGCCUAUUAUUUACGUCAUUGGCGUUGGUAUCAUUUGUCAUUCUCAUCCUUCUCAGUUGUCUAUUUACUAUACUUUUGGACUGUGCCCGAGUCUCCGCGUUGGCUUUUCACUACCGGUCGUACUGAGCGCGCCGUUCAAAUACUCGAAGCUGGCUGCAAGCGGAAUAAUAUGCCCACCGAUAAUAUACACAACGAGCUCGUGCAGGCCUCAAAGAUUAUCGCUGACACACCUACUUCGAAGAAAGGCAACAUACUCGACCUUUUUCGUCAUCCUUAUCUAUUACAGAAAACUCUAGCCAUGGCCUUUAAUUGGCUGGUCGUAUGUCUGGUCUACUAUGGCGUAUCACAGCAUAUAUCUCAACUCAGCGGCAAUAUAUUUAUAAAUGUCUCUAUAGGCGCUACGCUUGGAGUGCCAGGCACACUUAUCUGUAUUCCGAUGACCAAGUAUCUUGGGCGUCGCAUUACGCUCUUCCUCUCGAAUCUUCUCAGCGGCACUGCUUUGUUGAUAAUGGCUUUUGUGCCCUCACUGAGCAGCACAUUGACGAUGGCUAUGGCGACGAUAGGCCUUUUUGGCGCAUCGAUCACAUUUCCGAAUGUUUACCUCUAUGGUGGCGAAUUAUUUCCGACAGUGGUGCGUAACUCAGGUGUAGGGUUGUGCUCGUUUGUGGGCCGUGUGGGUUCGAUUAUCGCGCCAUUUGUAUCGGAUAUGUCGGCACAGGGUAAGUGGAUACCGCCGGCAGUAUUUGGCGGAUUUUCUUUGGCGGCAGCUGCUUCAGUCUUCCUUAUGCCAGAGACACGUGGCUUCCCGCUGCCCGAGACCAUCGAAGAUGGUGAAACAUUUGGCAAAAACAAGAAAACUGCGCAAUUGUAAAUAAGACAGUAGUAAAUAUGUUAAGAUAAAGCAAAGCGCUAACUGUUGUAACUAGCAAUCAGGUAUUUCUAUUAAAACAAAUUUAUACAAAUAAAAAGCAAAGCGUAUACAUGUAGGAUACAGGGAACUGGAUGAUAUCAUUGUUGAUUAUGUUAUAAAAAUGGUUAUAAAUAAAGAAAGCUUUUAGUUUACUUAUAGAAAA